UGGAUUUGAUAGAUAAAUUAAGAAAAACUGCUAUAAAUAAAUACUCUGGCUACAAAGAUCUUGUUUCAACUUCUAUCUAUAAAACGUCCUCCGAUGUAUCAACUACUAACAAUGAAAUAUUCUCUGAUGUAUCAACUUCUAAAAAUGUAGCAUAUUAUGUAAAAAUCAUUAUUGGAAAUCAAGAAUUCAAAGUUCUAUUAGACACAGGGUCUUCAAAUCUCUGGAUUCCAAAUAAGGAUUGCACCUCCACUACUUGCAAAGACCAUAAUAGAUUUGAUUCAAGUAAAUCGCCAACAUUUAAGCAUGAAGGGAAACCAUGGGCUAUCAAAUAUGGGCUUGGCAAUUCCUCUGGCAUUACCGGAAUAGAUAGUGUCCAAAUUGGAAACAUUACCGCUGAUAAUCAACUUUUUGGUCUCGCUAAUAGUGUAUCUGAUGAUUUUGACUUGGAUGAUUUCGAUGGAAUUUUAGGAUUAGCAUUUGACAAUAUAAAUACUAUGGAUAAUGGAUCAGCAACCUUAAUUUCUACUUUAAUUAAGGAAAAUAAAAUUAACCCAAUUUUUAGCUUUCAUUUCCAACAUGCAUCAGUUGGCAUUGAUCAAGGAACAUUUACAUUAGGUGGAGUUGAUAAAAGUAAAUUUAUUGGUGACAUUACAUUCAAUCCUGUGAUUAAUAAAGCUGGAUUUUGGCAAAUAAAACUUGAUAGUGUACUUCUUAAUGGCACACAAAUGUCUAUUUCUGGUAAGAGUGCAAUCAUUGACACUGGUUCUACAGUUCUUUUCGUACCUUCAGAUGACGCAGCAGCAAUUAAUAAGCAAAUUCCGGGAGCCGAAUUUGAUAAAACAAGAAAUGUUUACACAGUCCCAUGUCCUCCUGAAGAAGGCGGCACUUCUACACCUUCCAUCCCUACACUUACUCUUAGAUUUGGAGGUGUUGAUUAUAUAAUUCCAUCCGAGGAUGUAAUUUUUAAUUCAUUUUUCCAUUGUAUAACAGCUAUUGUUCCCUUAGAUCUUAAGG